UGAAAAGAAAAAAAAAUUAAGAAAUAAGUUUUUUAAUAUUUUUGUUAAUUCUCGUACAGUUUAACAAUACUUUAAAAGCUCCACAUAUAUCCAGCCAUACAAUGAUACUAAAUUUAUUGAGAAAACACUCGAAGAAACGCCAUUAAAAGUGCAAAAAAUUACGAUGGAAACAAAUGGAAAAGACGAUUUAAAAACGCAAUUUGUGACAAGAGAAGGAUGUUAUCGGUUACUAAAUUUAUCAGAAUAUUCACGACCGAACCGUGUAGGAUAUCAAUCGAAUCAAAAUUCUCCACAAGUGCGAGUAUCUUUUGUCUCACUGCCUGCAAAUUGCUCUUCACAGCAGCAGCAACAACAACAACAACAAUCGACAGAAAAAGCUACUGGAUUAAACAAUAGUAAUGGAAAUAAUGUAAAUGGACCUAUAAAUGCCAUCACAUCAUCGACUUCUCUAUCAUCAUCAUUCACAAAUGGAAUAAACGGAAUACAGGAUCAAAGUGAUUGGAUUUGCUUUAAUUUUGGUAAAGAAUUGUAUACCUACGCUUAUCGAGGAGUCAAAAAGGCUGCAGAUCUAAGCAAACCAAUAGAUAAGAAACUUUAUAAAGGAACUAAUCCAAGCUGUCACGAUUUUAAUCAGACAACAUCUACGAAUGAAGGUGCUCCUCUCUUAGUUGGAUUCACAACUGGUCAAAUUCAGUUAAUAUAUCCCGGACGGAAAGAGCAAGGAAAGCUUUUCAAUGAAGAGAGAUUAAUUGAUAAAACAAAAGUGACAUGUUUAAAAUGGCUACCAAAUUCACCGAAUCUUUUUCUUGCUGCGCAUUCAUCAGGUCAUUUGUAUCUGUAUAAUGAGGAAUUGCCUUGCUCGCCGACAAUACCAGUAUAUCAGCCAUUUAAAUGUGGUGACGGAUAUACGGUAGUCACAUGUAAAUCAAAAUCAACAAGAAAUCCACUUUUUAAAUGGGCUUUUGGACUGAACUGUGCAACAAAUGGAAGUAGUGUAAAUUCAUCGUCAUCGUCGAGUUCGUCGUCUACAAUAAGCAGCAAUUCGAGUUCAUAUUCUUGUGCCAGUGAUAAUAGUAGCAUUAAUGAAUUUUGCUUUUCACCAUGUGGCACAAAUUUAGCCAUAGCAUCACAAGAUGGAUUUUUGCGUGUCUUCCUUUAUGAAACAAUGGAACUUGUAGGUAUCGCACGGUCAUAUUUUGGUGGAUUUUUAUGUGUUUGUUGGAGCCCAGAUAGUAAAUAUAUUGUGGUCGGCGGAGAAGAUGAUUUAGUGACAGUUUAUUCAUUUAAUGAAAGGCGAGUUGUUGCCAGAUGUCAAGGACAUCGUUCAUGGGUCUCAGUCGUUGCAUUUGAUCCGUAUACAACUUUAACGACAUGGGAUCAGAAUGAUUUUUCGGACGAUGAGAAUCAAUAUGAAAUGUCGACAAGUAGUAAUUUAAACAAUAACAAGAGACAUAGAUCUGCGUCUAUAAGGGAUAGCACAUUAGCACCAGAAAAAUUGAUAUGUUAUCGUUUAGGCUCAGUUAGUCAAGAUACACAAUUGUGUUUGUGGGACAUAACAGAGGAUAUUUUAAGACCACAUCAUCGGGUUCGAUUAAGUACACUUGAUCCAACACAACAGCAACAGCCGCAACAUAAUAGUAAUAUUCUUAAUAGUUCAACUCAAUGUAAUAAUAAAACUGAAUCAGUUCAAAUUAAUGGUGAUUGUUCGGCAAAUAAUAGCGGAAAUGGUGAUCGUUCGUCAACAUCAUUAAUUAUUAAGGACACAAUUGAUAGUAGCAUAAGUAAUUCGCACAUUAAAACUAUGAAUUCAUCAAAUAGUAAAUUAAUAAAUUGUGUGAGUGGAAGUAGUGUGGCAAGUGAUAAUAUUACAAACGAUAAUUGUAAUAAUGGAAGCAGUAGUAGCACAAAGAAGGGCAAAGCAUCAUUAAUUUCGGUUGGCAAUAAUUCCAAUACUAAUUUAAGUGCCACAAAAGUCUCAUUAAAUGAUGAAAAAACAAAUAAUCAUUCGACAUUCAAUACGCUGACACAGAGAUUUACAAAUUUUAGUUUUGGAAGUGAUAAAAGCUCUAAAGGAAGUAAGAAAAAUUUUACAUUAGUCGGCAAAGGAAGUGGUACUUCUGUUGAUCAGAAAGGAAAUAGCAGUCAAAAUUGUGAUGGUAAUAGUGCAACAUCAACAUUAAGAAAUAAAAGUAAUGGAAGUAUAACUACAACAUAUGAUGCGAUGAAAUUAAUUGGAACUCCAGCUUGUCCACGUUUUGACGAAUGUCCAGUGUUAGAGCCUUUAGUUUGUAAGAAAAUUGCUCAUGAACGACUUACAGCACUCAUUUUUCGUGAGGAUUGCUUUCUUACUGCAUGUCAGGAUGGUUUUGUGUAUACUUGGGCGAGACCGCAUUCAUCAUAUUUAGCAACGAGUAGUCCGACAGUUCCGCACAGCAGUUCUACCAUUGUGUAAUUUUCUGACAAUUUAUUUUCUUUUCAUCCAUCAUUAAAGAUGGGUAUAGAAAUUUUAACCUCUUGAUUUGAUCAAAAAAAAAACUACAAAAUUGUGUAAGGAUAGUUUUGUUUUGAAGAUUUAUCUGCAUUACUUCUGUUAAAAAAAAACAUGAUGUGCAUAAAACCAAAGAGUUUAGGAAUGAAAAUGACAUACAUUUGAGGUAGCUGAUGAUGCUUUGACCACAUUUUAAAAAGAGAAAGAGACAUGGAACGAGAAUAGCAUGUAAACAAUAUGAUACACUUAGUAGCACUUCGAUAUACUGGUUUUUCAUCCCUUUU